GAUGGGCAUUUCAUCUUAAGAAAAAAUGGUCUACAUUGAAUAAAGAUUUCUUUGCCAUGGCUAUCACUUCAGGACUGUUAACCAUCGAAUGUAUAGGCGGUCAGCAUUUAGAAAAGGUCUCAAGCUGUUCAAAAUGCUGAGGCUACAGGGCUUUAUUCCAAACCCAGGGACACAAGUUAUCAUCCUUACUUGAAAAAUCAAAAUAACGAAACCAGCCUUACUCUCAAUAUGGAUGACACCAUGGCUUCGGUGGCUUCCCAGAAUCCCCCCAACAGGAAGUCACUGACUCUGACUCAAAUUAUGCUGCUAAAUGCUGUGGUAUGUGGGGUAGAGGUGUGUGCUUGCUCGGGGUUCACCUACAUCCCGCCGAUGUUACUAAAAGCAGGUUACACUGAGGAGAAUAUGAGUAUUAUACUGGGAAUGGGGCCGCUGCUCGGCUUCUUCUUCGUACCUGUGAUUGGCCGUGCCAGUGACCGCUGUAGGAGCCAAUAUGGCCGCCGCCGGCCAUUCAUCCUUAUACUCUCAUUGGUGAUCAUACUGUCUCUCCUUACAAUACCAUAUGGAGAUUUUUUCAGUACAGCUUUCUUAGGCUACACUCCUCUCAGUAAGUCGGUCAGUUUGAUUGUUCUGACUUUAAGUGUUGUCAUGCUAGAUUUCGCAAGUCAGGCCUGUUUGACACCAUGUGAGGCAUUGCUCUCUGAUGCAUCAAAGGGGACUACACAGAAAGAUCGUGUGUUUAUGGUUUACUCACAAAGUGUAAGCCUCGGGGGAUUUCUCGGAUAUCUAAUCACAGCCAUUGAUUGGAGCAAUACUUCCAUUGGUGGUUAUUUUGGGACUCAAGAACGAUCUGUAUUUACGUUACUUGUUAUAAUAUUUUUAUUUCUCCUUUCUGCGACAAUAUUAGUAGCUCAGGAACAGCCAUUGUCAGUGGCAGAGGAAGCCGAGACGGAGAAUUUAAUUCAAGCAGAAGAAUCAGGAAAAGUAUCUGUUACCGUAGGAAAUGGAGGUGCUUUGGAAUCAGGAUAUGAGUCAAGUGGCUCAGAGGAUGGCCAGCAGAGCCCAGCAUCGUAUUCUCCAGGAAGGACAGGAAAGAGCCACAAAUCUGUUAAAAAGAAACGUUCCUUUAACUUGAAUCCUUUCAAGGGUAUUUUAAUAAUCAUAAGUCCGUUGUUUUGUUUUGGACGUUUGAGAAUAUUUACAUAUCUUUAUAAUCUAUGGAGAUUUCUGUGGUUAAAUAUAUAUGACAGAUUGCCAGAAUCUUUACGACGACUAUUUGAUGUUCCGGUAGUACUUCAAAAAUUAGCAAUGGCCAACUUUUGCAGCUGGACUGCAGUGAUGGGUUUUAAUUUAUUUUUCACAGACUUUGUAGGUCAAGCUGUUUACCAAGGCAAUCCAAAUGCCCCUGAAAAUUCCUAUCUACGCAACCGCUAUGAUGAAGGAGUUCGAAUGGGCAGCUGGGGACUGUUAUUUCACUGUAUCACCUCAACUUCUUAUGCAUUUUUCAUCGAAGGUCUUGUAGAAAAGUAUGGCACGCGAGAGACUUACUUGAGUGGAAUGUUUAUAUUUUCAAUGUCCAUGUUUGGCAUGGUACUUUACAAGGAUAUAAUUUUUGUGAACGUGAUGGCAUCGCUGACGGGAUUUGCUUAUGCAACGUUAACCACCAUUCCAUUCAUUCUCAUCACAAAGUAUCAUUCCAAUAAAGAGAUUUACUUUGCCGACACAGUGACUUCAAAUACGUCUGGGCUGCCUGGAAGUCAACCAGUGGCCACACGUGGUAUUGCCACAGACAUGGGCACGCUGGACAGCGCCUAUUUCCUGUCCCAGGUGGUGCUGUCAGCUGUAAUGGGCUACAUUGUCCACAUGACAGGGACUGUUAUUUCAUACAUUCUAACCGCUGGAACAAUGGGAAUGGUCAGUUGUUUCCUCAUAAUACAAAUAGUGACCAACAAACAGGAUAUGCAACAACAGGUAUACAGGCAACGGGAUCGGAGACGUACCAUAAACUUGUAGGGGGGAGGGGGGACCUUGAGUGAAGACAUAGCAUUCACUUGCAGCAGGACUGCAAAUGUACUAUCCACUUGUGGGGGGACUGGACAAAGAUGUGUACUAUUACAGUAACUGUAUGAGGAAUGGGAUGUGGAGACGUUUUACAGGUGAGAAAUGUCAGUAAAAUUUCGGGAUUUUUAUUGCAUAACAAACAUUUUUUAGGGUUAGAAAAUUAAAAUGUAAAUAGCAAUUAAAGUAGUGCUGAGUUUAUAUAAGAGAGAGAAUUGGAACAUAACAAGGAUGUAUAUAUGAACAAAUAAGUAAAAAAAACUAUCUGAAAAGAUACAAUUAUGAAGGAAUUGUGUGAAAAAAGAUUCAUUCAGCUUGUGAAGAUAGAAGGAUGAAGUUCCAGGGGCUUAUCCAAAACUUAAAAAAAAUCUUUUUGGUAGAGAUAGAAACACUUACAAGGUAUACAUUAUCACUAUGGAUAUUGAUCUGUGCUUGUUAUGUCUUCCUGUAUCUCUACAGGUGCUUUUACUUACACAGAUGUAUAAUGUGCUUCCUGACCCAGAAACAUAUGAUAUGCUUACUGACCCAGAUAUAUAAUGUGCUUCCUGUUUAUGAUCAGUUUCAAUAGGUGUUAUGGGGUAACUACCACAGUCUGCUCCAAGGGGAGAUAGCUAAGCAACUAGACUUUGUCAUUCAGUUAAACAAGUACAAUAUUGUACAGAUAAUUUGUGUUUGGAGAAUUUAUGAUGUUAUCUUUUUGUCUCUCAUACACAUACUACACCAAAACCUUCAAAUUGUUAAGCUUUUGUUAGAAAUGUGCUAAAAUCAUUUAGUGUGUUCAGAGUUAGUGCUUUGGUGAAGAAGAAAUCUUUCAUGGAAAUAUUUACUGGGGUUGGACCAGCUUAGUUUACUUGGUACUGCAAUUUUUAUAUAGCUUUGACAUUUCAACAUUUAAUGAAUUUGUUACCAAUAUCAUAACCUUGAGAUUUGAAAUCAUGAAGGAAAUGUUCCUAGUCUUGUUCCUAAGUAUCUACCAGUGCUACUGUUAAUAUCAUUUGUACUUCAGUGUGCAUCAUAUCAU